AUGGAGGCCGACGAACACGACCACGACAGCACCUUUGGCGGUGACCGCGAGUCGCUCGCCAGCAGCAGCACCUCCCUCCGUUCCGCCGUCACCAAGUACCAGUUCGAGCACGGCAGGAGGUACCAUGGCUACCAGGCCGGCAAGUACCUCUUCACCAACGAUGAGCAAGAGCAGGAGCGUAUGGACAUCGAGCAUCACAAUCAGAAGCUGCAGAUGGACGGCAAGCUGUUCCUGUGCCCACUCGUGGAACAUCCCACCGAGAUCUUGGAGCUGGGCUGUGGUACCGGCAUCUGGUGUAUAGAAAUGGCCGACCACUAUCCCAACUGCCAGCUGCUCGGCACCGAUCUCAGUCCAGUGCAGUAUGUGUCGUGUGCAAAGCAAGUAGACAUCAUGUGCUGAAGACUCACGCUUCAUCCAGGCCCAGCUGGGUUCCUCCCAACUGCAAAUUCGAAAUCGACGACUUCGACCAGGAAUGGACGUUUGGCAGCAACCGCUUCGACAUGAUCCAGCAUCGUUUCCUCAUCGGAUCCGUCGCCAACUGGCCCGAGUUGUACAAGCGCGCAUUCGAUGCUCUCAAACCGGGCGGAAGUCUGCAGUCCGUCGAGAUGCAGAUUGACAUCUUUUGCGACGACGAUACUCUACGCGAGGACGCUGCGUUAAGGCAAUGGACGAGCCUGAUGCAUGAAGCGUUCGGCAAGAUGGGGAGGAGAUUUCCAAAGGCGGAGGAAUACAAGCAGUGGAUGCAAGACGCCGGCUUCGAAAACGUAAAUCUUCGGGUUACCAAGCGGCCAAUGAACGACUGGCCCAAAGAUCCCAAGAUGAAGGAGAUUGGGAGGUAUUGCUGUCUCAACUGGCUCGAAGGUCUCGAGGGCUUCACCCUCGCAGCCUUCACUCGUGUGUUGGGCUGGAAACCGGACGAGGUUCGGAUUCUGCUUGCCCAAAUGCGUAAGGAAUCCGUGGCACGGCGUAUCCAUUCGUACCACAAAGGGUAAGCACAUAUGUGACAAUGAUUUUUGUGUGUGUUGUGGAAGCUGACAUGUUCUGUAGACUUACCUGCUGGGGCACAAAGCCUCUGAUUAAUUAUCAGAGCUGA